AUGGUUACCAAGGCAAAGGAUGUUUUUCUGGCACUUAUUGCUUUCAACAUUUCAGCUGUCUGCUUUCUUAAGUUGGAAGUCUGCUCCUACAGUGGAUAUAAGGUAUAUCCAGGCCACGGAAAGCGCGCCAUUCGUGGUGAUGGUCGCCAAUUCUAUUUCCUCAGCUCUAAGUGCGAGCGCUCUCAUUACCUGAAGCGCAAUCCACGUGAGGUCAGCUGGACCGUUCUUUACCGUCGCAAGUAUAAGAAGGGUGCUGUUGAGGAGCUCACCAAAAAACGCACCAGAAAGGUUACUAAAACCGCCCGUGCUUUCGCUGGCGCUAGCCUCACCGAAAUUAUGGCCAAACGCAACCAGAAUCCCGAAGUUCGCAAGGCAAUGCGCGAGCAGGCUAUGCGAGCCAUGAAAGAAAAACAGAAAGCCAAGGAGGCUGAAAAGAGGGCUAAGAAGGCAGAACUGAAGAGGAAACAAAACGCAGGACCUGGCCAAAAACAACAACAGAAGGCUGCGAAGAAGGUUAGCAAGCCGACUCAGAAGGUUGGCAAGCGAUUCUAG